AUGACUGCCCCAAAACAAGUCAUGCUUAGUCGCUGGUUUCUCUCCAGAGUCGUCAUAUUCAUCGCUGCUUCAGUGGGACCCGAAUCCAAUCAGGCUGACGAGCACCACGGCUACGGCCUUGAUCCGCCAUGGGAUUGUGUCGUCUUUGCUCGGCACACUUGCUUGCUCGUCAUUGUUCGCCAGGACCUCGUUCCCGUGGCGCCUGCUUCCUUUUUUGGAUCCAUGGUUUCAAAUCCCACCAACAAGUUUGCAACAGAUGGACGACGACAAGAAGAAACGUAG